CACCAUCGCCCUUUCCCCUCCUCCCGGUCGCGAAGUCGUCGUUCCUCGUCUUCGGUACUCGCGCGCGCCAGCUCACUCCCUCCCUUCUUCCCUCCCCUUCCCCCAGAUCUUCCUCCAUCCCUCCCACAGAAUCCCAGAUCUCUCCCGGCCCCGAGCUCCGAGCUCCGGAUCCCCAGCGCCGCCGCGGGUGCCAGGCCGCGGGCGUCGCCAUGGGCAUCGUGUUCACGCGGCUCUUCUCGUCGCUCUUCGGCAACCGCGAGGCCCGCAUCCUGGUCCUCGGCCUCGACAAUGCCGGCAAGACCACCAUACUCUAUCGGCUGCAGAUGGGGGAGGUCGUCUCCACAAUCCCAACGAUCGGGUUCAACGUGGAGACGGUGCAGUACAAUAACAUCAAGUUCCAAGUAUGGGAUCUCGGUGGUCAAACAAGCAUAAGGCCAUACUGGCGGUGCUACUUUCCAAACACCCAGGCUAUCAUAUAUGUUGUUGACUCAAGCGAUACAGAUAGGCUUGUAACAGCAAAGGAAGAAUUCCAUGCCAUCCUUGAGGAGGAUGAGCUAAAAGGUGCUGUUGUCCUUGUAUAUGCAAAUAAGCAGGAUCUUCCAGGUGCACUCGAUGAUGCUGCCAUAACAGAGUCAUUAGAACUCCACAAGAUCAAGAGUCGCCAAUGGGCGAUUUUCAAAACAUCCGCCAUAAAGGGUGAGGGGCUUUUCGAAGGUUUGGACUGGCUCAGUAACACACUCAAGUCCGGAAGCAGCUAAUGUAGGAGCCUCCUUCGCCAUGAACCAUUGCUGGAUGGUAAACAAUAGAGCCGGUGCUACCCUUUUCCUCGCAAGACAGCGCGAAAAUCCCCAUUCUCUUUGUUUCAACUCCAGAAGCUCCACACCACCGUCGAUUAUCUGUAAAGUGCUUGCUAAAGUUUUCAGAUACUACAUUAGAUGUACCCUCAUAUUGAGAUCAAGAAUAGGUCUGUAGAAAAUGAUGAGCAAACUGUGCCCGUGUCCUUUGCCCGUAAAUCCCAUGGAUUGCGACAUUUUUCUUCAAUGAUUAAACGCACCACAUUUCUACCUUGUCAAUCCAAUGAUGAGACGCACCACAUUUCUACCU